AUGAUGGUCGAAAACGAUGUGAGCGAGCAACUUCGCGAGGGGUUUCCCAAGCGUGCCGUCAGGCCUACCUGGCUGAGAGCACAGCCUGAGUAUAUUUCAUGGAAGGGUAUGAUGUCCCAGACAGAAGAUUCGAAGGAACCGACUGAGGAUCAGCACGAUACUUCCGAGGACGUUAAAAACGAAGAUAGUGACUGGGAAAAUAUUUCUCGGCGUGAGGUCAAUAACUGUAAGGAUAAUGUCUUUAUUAUUUCUACCUUGCUUUCUCUGCUACUCACAUACUUACCUACUACCAUCUCCAUCCAUUCCUUGCCCUCGAAAACCAAGCAUCCUAUCUCGCCCUCUGCUUACCGUCUCUGCCCGUCUCCCAACUCACAAGAAGACAACCCUUCUCUGCCGACGCAUACCAGAGAGUCAAGAAUCAAUCUAACCAGCCAACCUCGUCAAGGCUCCUCCGACUACUACGGCAACUACGUCAAGGAGCGCCCCGUCGAACAGGGCGAAUGGCUCGCCGUCAACGAAGUCCCCAUCCCGCAGUCCACGGCGGAGUGGUUCAAGCCGGCCCCCAAAGACAAGCGUUCCCGCACCAGCAGCAGCACCAGCACCAGCAGCAGCGUCAGCGUCAAGGGCUGGGUAAACGGCAUGCGCAAAUGUCUGCGACCGAAGAAGCCCGAGGCUAGGAUCACCGACGAGGCGUACGUCGAAAUCAACACCAGCGGCGAGUCCGAGUCCGAGUCCGACGCCGACACCGACGACGGCCUGCCGCCGCGGCUGGUGCCCCGGGGCGGUGUGCGGCAGCAGAGGCGCGCGGGCAACGGUCGGGAUAGUCGCUGGGCGGGGAGGAUCCGCGAUGCGACGAGGCUGCGAGGGUCGGGGUGCAGGAUUUUUUAUGUGCCGAUGAUGGCUUGAUUGGGGGGUGGAUGUGUCUAUCUAUCUAGGGGCAGCAACGGGUAGGCAACGGGGAAUAUAGGAAUACACUCUAGAUAUGGUUCUUCUGCGAACUGAGCUACGGGGUUAAGAGUUAUUUAAUGUAUUAUUGGAUUAGGUACUUGGCCGUAGCCUGGAGCAGAUAGUUUUUUCUUCUUCUUUUUCUUUUUCUUUUUUGGAAUAUAACGGUUGGCCCCCUCAUCUUGCGGUAGCAGAAAUGGUCAGAAUUGUUGGCCGAGUUUCAUGUGAGUAUCGAAUGAAUCCACUUCGCUCUACUGCACGAGCGUGAGAGGUAGCCGAGUAUGUAAGUCGUGACUACCUACCUAACCGAGGUGUCGGGUGUUUAGACUGGCCCCGUGUUAUUUUUAUGUACUACAUAGGUAUCGUGGCUUGGAACUCGCAUGGAAUUCGUAAGCUGGUUAACAUUACUCAAAUACCUAUGUACCUACCUAUGCGAAGUGACCUGUUACAUAUGUCAGGCAUGUGGUUGAAAAGUCCAAGAGAGAAGAGCUCAGCCACACUUCGCUCGGAUGGUGAUUGGUUGUAAAGUGAGGUCUCCAGUAAGAGAAAGGGGUC